CAUCCUCCAUCUGAUGGCAGCAUCAGGCAGUCCCGUGAAACGUUUGCGUGGGAGUUCCCUCCACCGCCAUGUCGGGAUGGUGCACAUCGCUUCCUCUCUCCCUCUCUCUCUCUCUCUCUCUCUCUCUCUCUCCCUUUCUCCACACAUCCUCCCCCACAUUAUAACAGCUUAGCACGGCAGAAGUAGAUCCUACAGCAUCCAGCAGCCAGCAUCCCUCUAUCCCUGCCUGGGGAGCUGCAGUCCUACCCGGCGCAACACCGUGUGAGUGAUGCCACAGCAUCAUCCGCAUUUCGACGCGAAAUAAUCGAGAGUUGAUCCAGCAAAGGAGAGAGCUUGGGGUGAAGGAAAAUUUGCUUCAGCCUCGAAGACGGCAACUGCCCAUGAAGAUGUCUAACGCUGACACCGUCUUAAACCCCACCGAUCGGGUGGUAAAAUCUGUCCCCUUCCCCUUGAGCCACCGCCUUACAAUGAAGGAAGUGUUCGACUGUGAAGGCAAACCUCGCGUAGAUCUGCUGAAGGCUCACCUGACCAAGGAGGGCCGUGUGGAAGAAGCUGUCGCGCUCCGAAUCAUCAAUGAGGGAGCAGCCAUCCUCCGUCAGGAGAAAACUAUUCUCGACAUUGAGGCACCAGUCACAGUCUGUGGGGACAUCCACGGUCAAUUUUUUGAUCUUAUGAAGUUGUUUGAAGUGGGAGGAUCGCCAGCCACAACACGGUACCUGUUCCUCGGGGACUAUGUUGACCGUGGCUACUUCAGUAUUGAGUGUGUUUUAUACCUUUGGUCGCUGAAAAUCCUCUAUCCAAAGACGCUAUUUUUACUUCGUGGAAAUCAUGAAUGUAGACAUUUGACAGAAUAUUUCACCUUCAAACAAGAAUGUAAAAUCAAGUACUCAGAGCAGGUGUAUGACUCAUGUAUGGAUGCAUUUGACUGCCUUCCUUUGGCUGCACUCAUGAACCAGCAGUUUUUGUGUGUCCACGGAGGACUCUCACCUGAAAUACACACCUUAGACGACAUUAAAAAGUUGGAUCGGUUCAAAGAGCCGCCAGCGUUUGGGCCCAUGUGUGACCUGCUCUGGUCUGAUCCUCUGGAAGACUUUGGAAAUGAGAAAACCCAGGAAUACUUCAGUCACAACACAGUGCGAGGUUGCUCCUACUUCUACAGUUAUCCAGCUGUAUGUGAGUUCCUACAGAGCAAUAACCUAUUAUCAAUUAUCCGAGCACAUGAAGCACAAGAUGCUGGUUACCGGAUGUACCGUAAAAGUCAGACAACUGGAUUCCCAUCCCUCAUAACCAUCUUCUCUGCGCCAAAUUACCUGGAUGUUUACAACAAUAAAGCUGCUGUACUGAAAUAUGAAAAUAACGUCAUGAACAUUCGACAGUUCAACUGCUCGCCACACCCCUACUGGCUGCCCAACUUCAUGGACGUCUUUACUUGGUCCCUGCCUUUUGUUGGGGAAAAAGUCACCGAAAUGUUGGUGAAUGUGUUAAGCAUCUGCUCUGAUGAUGAACUCAUGAAUGAUGAAGAUGAGAUAUUUGAUGCCAAUGCAGCCGCGGCUCGCAAAGAGGUGAUCAGAAACAAGAUCCGUGCUAUUGGAAAAAUGGCCAAAAUGUUCUCAGUUCUCAGAGAGGAGAGUGAAAAUGUGUUGACGCUUAAGGGCCUGACGCCCACUGGCAUGUUGCCAAGUGGGGUUCUCUCUGGAGGCAGACAGACACUGCAGAGUGCCACCAUUGAAGCCAUUGAAGCCAUCGAGACGCAUGAUGAGGACAGAGAAGCUAUUCGUGGGUUCUCCCCCCAGCACAAGAUCACCAGCUUUGAGGAGGCUAAGGGCUUAGACCGCAUCAACGAGCGCAUGCCACCUCGCAAGGACGGGGUGAACCACGUGGGCCACUCCAUAGGCAAGAUGAAUAUGUCGGAGGCAAACGGCACAGAAGACAACAGCAACAUCCAGUAAUGUGUUGUCUGAGCCACGGAAACUGUGCCGCUGUUACAGGCAUGCAGGAAGACUUUGCUUAAUGGGAAAUUCAGGCCUCAGAACACAGAAAUCAAACAGGCCUACCGCUAGAACAUGAAACCUGCAGCAAAUCUAAACACUGGGCGAAAAGGUCAUUUAUUUCAUGACGGCAUGUCAUUGCACUGUUAGGGGGAGGGGGGAGCUGGGGUUCACAGCAAAUGGGCAGGGAUGCAGAGAGACCCACAAGCUGCAGCAAAGAAGUGCUUUUGGAAGUUGUGUCCGACCGUAGUUCCCCUUCUCAGUUCGAUUACAGACUGAAUUGUUGGGAGUUUUUGUGCUGCAAGUGCUGACACACGUGUGCUCCUUCAUUGCAGGGCCUGACAGAAAACAUGAGUGCAGUAUCCAUAUCACACAAAUCAUUUUAAUGUUUUAUAAAAGUAUUUAUUAUGAAUCACUCACAAAUGCACAUCAAAAGGAGAAUGAUCUACUUUAUCUUAUUGUUUUUGCUAGUAUUAGGUCACAUCACUUUGGGAGAGGCAACACGGAAAGAAAAAAGAGACGCAAAUAUGUAAAAUGUGUACCUCUUCGAACUCUGCAGCACGCCAUCUUAUCGGUGAACUUUAAUUUAUUGAUUAACCUUGUUGUAAGAUGCUGCCAACCUGCAGGGAAAAAAAGGAAGACGGGGUUCGCAUGUCACGGAGAAAUCCACUGCAGACCCAGAUCCACCUUGGAUAUGUCUUAGUAACCUCCGGCAUUGCCUGGUUCCUUCUCUCCUCGACAUCUGCCAUCUUAUAGGAUCACAGAACCUGGAGGAAAAGAAGAGGUGAUUUAGAAGACGCAGUCCCACUGUUUGCUGAUGCUACCUCAGCACCCCGGAUUAAACACAGAAAUUUGACUUCCAAAUAUAUCAUUUACUCCUUUUAAGUUCAUUAUCUUAUGGUUAUUCACGUCUCUUCCAAAAGAGCAUUUUACGUAGGCAUGGGCUGGUUUGAGCUUCUCACAACAUUCACACAAAGUUUUGAAGCAACAUCGUGUAAUUUAAUCUAACUACCAUAAUUUAAAAAAAAAAAUAAAAAAAAACCCCAGAAAAAAUAAAAUGGAAUUUAAUUGGUUUAUUUGGCAGGGACACUGAUGUAAAUGCGUCAGAGUUACCUGAAAGGUCAUUUUUAUCUGUAGUCCUGGUAAGUCAGCAAAUGCAACGAAUAUCCCUACUGCUGCUGAAAUAAUAAAUUGUUUAAUUUUUUUUUAUCACUUUUUUGCUAUAUUUACUUUGAUUCUUAGAUGUAAGGAAAACUAUAGACUAGUAAAACUGAAUUUAGUAGCGGUCUACUUUGUAAGUGCUUAUUGCACAGAAUUAUGUUUUUGAGUAACAUAAGUAUAAAAAGUAAAUAUUAGCUGAUUAGUUAGUAAUGCUGCGGCCUCCUGCUUUACAGUAUGUUGUUAGCAGUGAGAAAACCGUGGUUUUUACUAAAUAUUUCCAAAUUGCCCAACUUGAUAUCUUGUAUACAAAAUGUAGUACCUCUUUCAACCAGCCCAUGAACGGCAGCUGCAGCAGAUGUGGAUGAGCAGCAUUGAUUACUCUAUUCCCUGAAGACCCAGAGAAAACUCUUGCCACUAUGGCACUUUCCCUUCUAUUAAUCUCACUUCAAACUAUCCCCAGUGUGAUGGAAAAUUUAAUCAGUUGUAAAGUCAUCAUAUUUUUAUUAAGUUAUGCAUGACAUGCAUGACAUAACUUAAUAUACAUAACCAGCCCAUGCCUAAUUUCACAUCAGAACAGCUUCAUGUUAAAAAAAACCAACCUCAUUUUACAAAUUCAUAUGAAAAUCAUUGUUGUUGUUUUUUUCAGGAUAAUUAAGCUUCAUUUCUGUCUCACAAUAACCUUUCUUCCCUUCGGCAUUAACGCAGCUUUCAGAGGAAAACAAAAGUGACGUUGAAUGUCGAGACAUACCUCGGUUUCAAGAUAUUAAUGAACUGUUAUUUCUCUCCUGCUUCUUGCUAAAGAAAUGGCAAGAACACGAACAGUGACUUCAGCAUACAUCGGUAUCCUGCUAAUUUUUUGCAUCUUUUGCUUUUCCAAAACAUUCUUGGAUUUUGUGCUUGCAAAAUGUGACAAGGAAGGAAGUUGCAGACAUUCACCAGGUAUCGUUAUGUUUCAGUUAAUCAUAACCAGCAUCAGCACUGGUGUUCUUUGGAUUUCACAGCCUUCGAUUAAUCAUAAUGGGAUGAGGGCAAUGGCCACGCUAACAAACUACAGUUGCUUUAACCCAGCACUGAUUUAUUCAUGCUCAGGCCCGUCUUUGAAAUUUUGACUCUGUGGUUGCCGACAUUUUCGCCACUUUCUGACCUGGUGUAGAUAUCACAGCAGUUUGUUUGGAAUCCCAUAGCCUGUGUAGACUCAGAUUAUUAUUAUUUUUUUUAAUGGAGAUAAAGUGAGAAAAGAUCGUUUUAAAACUAUAUAUCUGAAGUAGUCUAGCAGGACUUUAAAGAAUAGGUUUACGGCAAAAUGCCUUUUCAUUUUGCAAAGAUGUAUCAUUGAAUGAGUAUAGCUAAUCUGUAAUACUUUCUUUAUGAAAAAAGGCCAACAGGCCAACAUUGAAAAUUGAAUCUUGUAUUCAACUAUUUAAUCAAACUUUAAUAUUUUUCUGAAUUUUUUUUUUUUCAUUUAUUUUCAUUCUAGAACAUGAUCUAAACUGGAUGAUUUGAUAUUAAAUAAAAGCUAAAGCCUCACUGUGAGCUAAAUGCAAUUGAUCGCUGUCCCCCAAACAGUGUGUGAGUCUACAAUGCCUCUAGAGUAGGACACAUCCUGAGUAAAAUAUCUAAGUUGGAAUGAUAAAUAUCUUUGAUGCCCACCUCGCAACAAAUUUCUUGAAUUUUCUGUCAUUCAUUAAUGUUUUCCUGGUCUGGAUGCCAUUUUUCUUUUCAGUGAUAAAGGUGUGUGAAGUAAAGAUGAACAAAAAGUGACUUAACACAGCAUCUAUGUAUGGAACGCAUCAAUGCAUGCAAUUAAGUUCCUAGUUGUUAUGUGAGAUUAUAAUUGUGAUAGAUAGUUGUGUUUCAAAUAGUAAACUUGAAUUCAUUUAUUUUUGGAUUAUAUUUGUAGUUUUGUCUUGUUUUAUAAAUUUUAUAAAUAGGCUUCCUUUGGUUGUUUUUGGUAUUUUUUUUUGUUUCAUUUUAUUUACUACCACUGCUUUUAAUUUUAUAUUGAUUUCUUGUAUGCAGAGAUGCCCUUCUAAGGUGUAAAGCCUUGUACUAUAUAUACAUUUUUUUCUGUUGUACUAAUGUACAGAAAAUGUUCAAUAGUGUGAAUGAAUAUAAUCUCAGUGAAAAGCUACUCUUUCAGGCUGCCAAAGCAUGAUAGCAUGGUUUUCUCAAAUGUAAAUGAAUUGGACACACAGACAAAUCAGGUGUCACACAUUUAACAGGAAACAUUGUAUUCUGGUUAUAUUUACUGCUGAUAUUAUUGUUACAAUUUAGCUUACAGUUCUUUUCAUUCCUUGGUUUCUGGUUCUCGUAUAGUCAAAAUGCAUACUUCAACAAAGAGAUUUAAUGGAUUUUAUCUUGCAACAUUUUUUUAUCUAUGGAGAUAUGUUUUGGCAUUUGACUUCCUAAAUAAUACACACACUGUAAGCAUGCCCUAUGGGACAAAUCACAUUUUUUUUACUCUUGAAUAAAAUAUGCAUGAACA